AUGUUUUACAAUUGGAGUGCUUUUUGGCAAGCAACUGCUGCAAGCAUAUUUACAUACUUUACAAUUCAUCAUUUUAUAGCUAGAUUUAUUUCUAAAGAUGCACGACAUCAUUGGAAACAUACUAAUAUAUCAACAUCGUUUAUUCAUUCUAUUCUUUCAUCUAUUAUGAGUAUCUAUCUUUUUAUUGAAAAUCCUGCGAUGUGUACAACAGAUAUAAUAUCGUCAUUUACGCCAAAUGCUUAUUCCUAUGUUUCAUUCGAAUUUGGUUAUUUUAUUUUUGAUUCAAUUGAUAAUUUACGAAAUCCAUCCGGUCGACACACAUACGAAAUUCUUUUACAUCAUAUCACUAUUUUUGGAUGUUUUGGUAUCUCACUUUAUCUUGGUCGCUAUAUUGGUUAUUGUGUUAUUAGUUUAUUUAUGGAAAUUAAUAGUAUUUUUUUACAUUUACGACAAUUAAUUUUACUAUCCAAUAAAUCAAAACAUGAUAGAAUUUAUCGUAUUAAUACUAUUAUUAAUUUAAGUAAGUUGUAUUAUUAA